AAGUGGCGUUCGAUCUGUCAAACUGGAAUAAACUCACUGUUUUUCCUCAAACAAAUCCUCUCACUUUCGCUAACAAUGACGUCCUCCACAUCGUAAAUUUCCAUUAUUCCUCGAUCAAGCUUUCCCUCGAAUUUCCACUCUUCCUGAUCGAGAAUAAUUACAAUGAAGCAUAUAGAACUGAACAAAGGCGAGCAGGAGUUGCAUUUGCCGAAGAAAGAUGCAACUACCAGCGAGCAGAGUAUCUCCAGUCUAAUUUCCACUGCAUCCUCAUCUCAGGAUGAAAAUUUCCGUGUUGCUAAGCAUGCGGAGAACAGUUUGAAGUGCAUGGAGGAAUAUUUGCACCAGCAACUGUUGACCGAUGUCGUCCUCAUUGCAGGAGAAAAACGAUUUCCAGCGCAUCGUUUAGUCCUCAGUGCAGGAUCCGAGUACUUCUCAGCGAUGUUCACGAGUUCUCUGAGGGAAUCUGGUCAGACUGAAGUGGAAUUAAGGGAAGUUGAUCCGGAUGCGUUGUGGGCGCUCAUUCAAUACUGUUACACAGGCUGCAUUGAACUUCGAGAGGACUGUGUGGAGACCCUCCUGGCAACCGCCAGCCUCCUCCAAAUCGACGCAGUGGUGAAAGCCUGCUGUCAGUUCCUCAUAAAACAACUGCACCCAAGCAAUUGCCUUGGGAUACGCAUGUUCGCUGACACCCAGGGCUGCUCCCAUCUAUUAAACGUCGCACACACCUACACAACUGAACAUUUCAUGGAAGUGAUGAAAAAUCAGGAAUUCCUGUUGCUUUCGGCAGAUGAUGUUGCCAAGUUGAUCGAGUCUGAUGAUCUCAAUAUCCCUUCGGAGGAGAUUGUUUUUCGAGCAUUGAUCAGUUGGUUGGAGCAUGACCUCGAGAUUCGUCGUAAAGACGCCAGCAGGCUGUUGGGAUUGGUCAGAUUGCCCCUGUUAUCACCAGUCUUCAUAGCUGAUAACAUUGACGGCAACGAGAUAUUCAAGGACGAGAAACGAGCUCAGGAAUUGGUGAUGGAGGCCCUGAAGUACCAUCUGCUCCCCGAGAGACGUCCACUGCUCCAGACAUGCAGGACUAGACCGAGAAAAGCGACUGUGGGACAACUGCUCGCCGUGGGGGGAAUGGACGACAACAAAGGCGCCACUUCCAUUGACGCUUUCUCCCUGUGUGAUAAUGCAUGGAAGUACUUGGCUAGUCUGAAUGGCCGUCGUUUGCAAUUCGGAGCUGCUGUUGUUGGAUCGAGAUUGAUUAUUGCUGGAGGGAGGGAUGGCUUGAAGACCAUGAGUAGUGUCGAGAGACUGGAUUUUUCUACUUUAAAGUGGAGCAGCCUGCCACCCAUGAACACUCAUCGUCAUGGACUAGGUGUUGCAGUUCUCGGUGGGCCACUCUACGCAGUUGGUGGUCACGAUGGCUGGAGUUUCUUGCAGACAGUAGAGAGAUGGGAUCCAAAUACGCAGGAGUGGAGCUACAUCGCUCCAAUGCCCGGCCCGAGGUCCACUGUAGGCGUCGCGGUGCUCAAUGACAAAUUGUAUGCAGUUGGUGGAAGGGACACGAACUCGUGCCUGAACACUGUGGAUUGUUACGAUCCACAUACGAAUAAGUGGACUAGCUGUGCAUCAAUGUCACAGAGACGUGGUGGGGUCGGCGUUGGUGUUGCCAACGGAUGUCUCUAUGCACUUGGGGGAUACGACGCAGCUGCCAGGGGCUCCACUGCCUGCAGAUAUGACAGUGUUGAGCGGUAUGAUCCAAAAACUGACACGUGGACCAUGGUAGCACCAAUGAGUGUAGCCAGAGAUGCAGUGGGUGUUUGUCUCCUGGGAGAUCAAUUGUUAGCAGUAGGUGGAUACGAUGGACAACAAUAUCUCACUCUCGUUGAAGCAUACGAUCCCAUUCUGAAUGAGUGGCACCAAGUCGCGCCUCUCAGGGCAGGAAGAGCUGGGCCAUGUGUCACGCUGAAAGACCCCAUUGGCUGAAAAAAAAAGAGAGACGAUGAAUCUCAGGAGUCUCCAGGCGCUCGUAUACGUAAGCAUAAUCAAAAGUUCCAGUGAAAGUGAAAACAAAGUAAUAUUCCUGAAGAACGAGUGGAGAAAUCUCGAUUGGUCUCUCCAAUCGUAUUGAUAUGAAGACUGAAAGUGGUCGACGGCUCAGUAUUGUUCCGAAAAUUCGUCAAACUAAUUUAUUCGUUCAACAAAAAUUCCGUCAUAUCGUCGCAAUCGAGGAAUUUGAUAAUAUUAAGUGUCUGCUUAAAUGUACUAGUUUUAAUUGUCAUCUUGUAUUCCUAAAAUGUGAUACUCGUGAUUUUCACAUGCUAUUUUUGUACUCUCAGUGUGCUUUAAGUUACGGAUAUAUUAAUUAAAUGUUCCGAGCCGUAAUCUGAUAAGAAAAUUAUAUAUUUGAAGAGAUAAUAAACAUCUCAUUUUUCAUUCUUUGUUAACCCCGAUUUUUUGAAUGCCUGUGAAUUUUCGUAAUAUUAAGUAUCAGCCUAAAUUGUACUAGUUUUAAUUGUCAUCUUGUAUUCCUAAAAUGUGAUACUGGUGAUUUUCACAUGCUAUUUUUGUACUCUCAAUAUUCAGUGAGUGUUGUACUCUUCAGUGUGUUUAAGCUAAGGACAUCGUAUAUUAAUGAAAUGUUCCAAGCUGUAAUUCAUUAGAUAGUAAGAAAAUUAUAUAUUUAAGAAGAUAAUAAACA